UGGAGCUGAUAAAGAGCUGCCCUGGACACAGAGUUGACCUGCGCCUCCAUGGACAGCUGUGAGUCCAAAAUGACUCCCAGGCUGCACACCUGGUCCUUCAGGGGCACAGUUACCCCAUUCAGGACCAGGGAGUCCUCCAUACCUGCCCGCCUCCUGUCCCCCACAAACAGUACUUCUGUCUUGUCAGGAUUCAAUCUCAAUCUGUUAGCCGCCAUUAGGAAGUUAUCCUGCAUUUUCUUCAUUCCUCAGCAGGGAAAAACGACAACCAGCAUUUCUACUGAGGUUUCAGCUAUCUGCACAUUUUAUCUAAAAAUACAAUUGACCAGCUGGAGAAAAAGCAGAUGUGAUUCAUCAACUCAGGAAGUUGCUAUAAAACCCAAGGUGUACCCGAAACACUGGAAUCCUCACCCCGGCUGUAAACAGGUCCCAGCGCUCUCCACAAAGGGAAACCGCUGCAAGAAAAUUCUCCAGCCUGAACGGAGAGGGGGCUACUUCUCCAUUUCCAUCAACGGCUGCAAUUUGUGACAUUUCCUGCUGGUUGGAGCAGGGGGGCUUCUCUUACUCCCCUCCCCUCUCUCCGCACCCCCGGCUGCCGGACAGGUGAUGCCGUAAAGCGUGGACCAAUUGUGGACAUCCUCGCUUUCUAAGGUGGCUGGCCUCAUCAGUUCUGGUGGGAGACACUUUUGGCCAGCUGCCAUGUGGACUUUUUGGUUCUUUGGAGUGGCCUGGAUGGCAGCCGAGGGGGCCAAGGCAGUAGGAUAUCCCAAUAGCCUAGAGGACACCGAGAUCUCAGCUUCUCUUCACUUGGACACCAGUGGGCAGCUCAACAGGAUCCUGAGCUCAGGACAAGCUGUGGACUGCAGAGAGGUGGGGAAGGAAAACAUCUCUCGACGCUGCUUCUUCAUCCGGAACAACCCAGACUGCCAGAUGGAUGGCGGGUUUCUCAACUACCUCAACGGAGUUUUCUGCGUUUUCCCUGCUGCUCUCCAACCUCUUGCAGUGACCCUCUAUGCUCUGUGGCUGGUUUAUCUCUUUGUCAUCCUUGGGGUCACAGCCGAGAAAUUCUUCUGCCCCAACUUAUCUGCCAUCUCCACCAAGCUGAAGCUAGCACACAAUGUUGCAGGUGUCACCUUCCUGGCUUUUGGGAAUGGCGCCCCCGACGUCUUCAGCGCCGUCGUGGCUUUCUCCGACCCGCGGACAGCGGGCUUAGCUGUUGGAGCGCUGUUCGGUGCCGGUAUCUUUGUCACCACCGUCGUAGCCGGUGGCAUAGCCCUGGUGAGGCCGUUCACCGCGGCCUCCAGGCCGUUCCUCAGGGAUGCCAUCUUCUACAUGGUCGCUGUCUUCCUCACUUUCGUGGCCCUCUACUUUGAGGAGGUCAGCCUGGCAGAGGCCCUGAGUUACCUCUGUCUCUACAUCUUCUACGUCCUGACGGUCAUCGUCUCUACGUGGCUCCACAAGAGGCAGCAGAGGGAGAGACCGGGUCCUUCCAGCCCCGCAGAGCCAGAGCUGCCAACAGACUCUGAAGAUGGGGACACGUCGAGCGCCAAUGGAGGCGAAUACGGGGAAGAAUACCGACCUUUGCUGCCUUCGGAAGAGAGCACCCUCCAGAUUCUGACACACGCCUUGAAUCCUCUGGAUUACCGAAAGUGGAGGAGGAAGCCCUGCUAUUGGCGGCUGCUCAAGAGCUGCAAGCUGCCAGUGGAGUUUGUGCUGCUGCUGACUGUGCCCAUUGUGGACCCUGACAGGGAAGAUCAGAACUGGAGGCGGCCCUUGAACUGCCUUCACCUCAUCACUGGGCCCCUCGUCUGCAUUCUCACGCUCAAGUCCGGCACAUAUGGGUUUCACAAGAUCCACGGGGUCUUCCCAGUUUGGGGCCUGGUGGUCCUCUUGGGGGCUGCAUUGGCUGUCAUUGUCUUCUGCACUACGAGGAACGAAGAGGCACCCCGAUAUCACUGGUUAUUUGCCUUCCUGGGCUUCCUGGUCAGCGCCUUGUGGAUCAACGCUGCUGCCACAGAGGUGGUGAACGUCUUGAGGACUUUGGGGGUCAUCUUCCGACUGAGCAACACUGUCUUGGGACUGACGCUGCUGGCCUGGGGGAACAGCAUUGGAGACACCUUCUCAGACCUCACGAUGGCUCGGCAGGGAUACCCCCGCAUGGCCUUUUCUGCCUGCUUUGGUGGCAUCAUCUUCAAUAUGCUUGUUGGUGUUGGACUCGGUUGCCUCCUUCAGAUGACGAGCAGCAAGCUAGUCGUGAGGCUGGAAUCCGAGGGCCUUCUGGUGUGGAUCCUGGCCGGCGCGCUGGGCCUCAGCUUGAUCUUCUCCUUCCUCUCCGUGCCCGCUCAGUGCUUCCAUCUGGGGCCCGGCUACGGCUGCUGCCUCAUCGUCUACUACCUGGUCUUCUUGACCGUUGCGCUGCUGACGGAGUUUAGGGUGAUCCGGCUGGCCUCCAUCUGAAGAAGACAUCUCUCAUCGUGGACCUCCUCCUGACGUUAUCGCGGAGUGGUGGUGGGGUUGCAAACGUCCCCCUCUUGCGACCGAGGUGCUGUGCUUGGAGACAGUGCCUUGCAACAACCCCACAACCCCGGCGAGUGCCCAAAGGGGGACCUGGUUGGCAGGUUUGACUGUUACCCGCUGCUUGGAGGGAAGCAAGACCACAACUCAAACCUCGGAAACGUACGCAGAGCUCCAGGCAAGCUGUUGUUAGGUUGCUGCGAUCUUUCAAGGCACGAGGGUGCCACCUGCUUUUAAAGACCUAUUUUAUAAGUCAGGGAUCGUUCGGCCUUGGGGAGAGGCCAUUGGUUCCCCCAAUCAGUAUUAACGUUUCUUAUAAGGAAAGGCAUUAUUUAGGUUUUAAACAAAAGCUUUUUUAAAAGAAAAGAACAUUGUCAGGUUUUUGGGGGGAAUGGGUUUUGCAAGGAGUGAUUUUUAGAUCCUGUCUGCGUUGCAAGAUGGUAAGGCAUACUGCUGCCAGUAUGUACGGCUUGUGGCUAUUGGUUUCCUCAAGUUUCGGUUGGAAACUGCAAAUAUACAACUAAGAGAUAUUGCAUUAAAAGUACCAUGCACACAACACCUUUUUAUUUCCAGUAUCCAGCAGUGAGUUCCAGGGGCAAAUCUACAGUCAUACCUUGGUUUUUGAACAGCUUAGUUCUUGAACGUUUUGGAUCCUCAUUGCCGCAAACCCAGAAGUGAGUGUUCCAGUUUGCAAACUUAUGUUUGGAAGCCAAAGAUCUGACGGGGCUUCCGGGGCUUCCAAUUGGCUGCAGGAGCUUCCUGCAGCCAAUCAGAAGCCACGCUUCGGUUUUCAAAUGUUUUGGAAGUCGAACGGAGUUCCGGAACAGGUUCCGUUCGACUUCCAUGGUACGACUGUACUAUGAAACUAGUGAAACUUAAGCUCCAGGGCCCCUAAUCCCAGAGGGGCCCCUGAAACAACUUUAGUCCACAUUGCUUAACAUUUUUAGGUCUAGUAGACCCAAUUUGAGUCGCCCAAUUCAAAUGGAUUAAUUUUUUUGUUGUAUAUAUUUCAACAGUUCCAAAGUUUGAGAGUCGGUAGCACAGAUGUUGUAAAGUUGAAAGGGUACAGCAGUUUUAAGCAAAACUGAGAUUUAGUAGUUAAUGUAUUCCCCCCCCCUUUAAUGUGGUGAUCUGCCAUGGACCAACCUCAUUGAAGAGAUAACAGUGGUUACCCAGGCCUCGUUGCUGGUUGUGAAGGGGCCCCCAUGAGUGUUCAGGCUUCUGGGGGGGGGCCAAAUGUAGGUCCACCACUGGUGAGUGCCAGUACUUACUAGGAGCAUCUGUGUCCAAGAGGGGGAGCUAUUGGCAGGUACAGAAACCCUCAGUGUGUGUGUGUGUGUGUGUGUGUGUGGGAAAAUCCCCCAAGCAGCCCAACUGAAUGUCAUUGGUGGUCAUUGAGUGCUGUGAGUUUUUUGGAAGUGGGAUGGAAAACAUGGGAAUGGACUAGAGACUGGAACAGGAGCAAUCCCAGGCUGUAGUGAAUUCAGCAGAAAUGCUCCCAUUUGUUACCCGAAUUCACACCACACAUUUAAAAGCACUAUGGUGGCAGUUCUAAGCAGUCAUGGCUUCCCCAAGAAUUCCGGGAGCUGUAGUUUGUUAAUAGUGCCGAAAGUUCUUAGGAGAACCCUCUAUUCCCCUCCCAGAGCAACAAUUCUGAGCGCGGUUUAACAGUCAAUUCCUCUUCACAGGGAAGCUUAGGAAUUGUAGCUCUAGGAGUGGAAUAAGGGCCUCCCCCCCCCCCCAAAAAAACUUUCAGUACCCUUAAUAAAAAUUCGGGGGGGGGCUCUAUAACUGUUUAAAGUGGUAUCAGAGUGUUUUAAAUGAAUGGUGUGAAUGUGGUCAAUGUCUGCUAAAUGGGUUUGGUCAGUAUUUUGCCCCCCUCCCAAAAAAAAACCCCUCGAUGUGCUCUACAUGCAAGGGUGCCAUAGCUAUGGCACUUCCCAUGCUUAUAAGUUACUGGCCUCCCACCUUGUGUGUCAUUUCUGGUUUCCACUAAAACUCUCACUAGGAAUGUUGGGUGCCUUUUUCUGCCUUUCAGAAAACAUAUUUAUUCUUGGCCUCCUCCCCCCCCCCUUUCACCAUUGUGCCAGGGAACUUCUUGGCUUUGGUAUCCAAGGCUACUUCUGCACAGAAAUAGACCAAUUGAAGUCAUCAAACAGAACUCACUUAGCUCCAUUCAUUUCAAUGGGGCUGCUUUCAGUAGAACUGGUGUUGGAUGCAGCUGCUUACAAGUGACACUCAGAAAAUUUGAAUAUCGUUGAAAAGUGCAUUUCUUUCAGUAAUGCAACUUAUUAUUUUUUAUUUUUCUUCUAAUUUUUACAAAUGCUUUCUGUUGGAAAUUCCACAGCAAUAAAACAUAGUUACAAUAACACAAAAAUAAACAUCGCUAUUAUAUUUCAUUAAUUACAUUCCAUUUAUAGUUGACCCACCUUACGACAAAUAAUUACAAUUACAACAAAUAAAGGCUUGGUAUAUCUUGUUUUGCAUGUCAUGCAUCUAUCUCCAGAAGAGGGCAACCAAAAUGGUCAAAGGCCUGGAAACAAUGCCUUAUGAGGAACGGCUUAGGGAGCUGGGUAUGUUUAGCCUGGAGAAGAGAAGGUUAAGGGGUGAUAUGAUAGCCAUGUUCAAAUAUAUAAAAGGAUGUCAUAUAGAGGAGGGUGAAAAAUUGUUUUCUGCUGCUCCAGAGAAGCGGACACGGAGCAAUGGAUUCAAACUACAAUAAAGAAGAUUCCACCUAAACAUUAGGAAGAACUUCCUGACAGUAAGAGCUGUUUGACAGUGGAAUUUGCUGCCAAGAAGUGUGGUGGAGUCUCAUUCUUUGGAGGUCUUUAAGUAGAGGCUUGACAGCCAUAUGUCAAGAAUGCUUUGAUGGUGCUUCCUGCUUGGCAGGGGGUUGGACUGGAUGGCCCUUGUGGUCUCUUCCAACUCUAUGAUUCUAUCUCAUAUAUUGGUUUCACCUUUUAAGUUGCAUUACUGAAAUAAAUGCACUUUUUGACGAUAUUCUAAUUUUCCGAGUUUCACCUGUAUUAUCUUUUAAUGUGCUCAGAGGCAUUCCUUUAAGAAUAUCUGGGCGGGGUGGGGCGCCUGCAACAUCCCAGCCUUGGAUCAUUUCCAUUCGAAAAGCAGGGAAGAAAGCUGGCUGAAUCAUUAAGGCUGCCAUCCUAACCUUAUUUUACCUAGGAGCAAGCCCUAUUGAAGUAAGACUUAUUUCUAUGUAGACGUGGAUAGGAUUGCACUAUUAACUGCUUUGUUCUCUGGAGGAUUUUUUGGGAGGUGGAAAUGAUGCCCUUUGAGAACUCAAGACUAUAGCCCAGCGUACAGCUACAGGCUGCAGAAGUUGUCGCAUCAUGAGCAUGCUUGCACAACCUGCACAACUUGUGUGUGUUGUGGCCUGCUGUGUUAUUGUCACUCCCCACCCCCACACUUUUUUGCAGCAAACCCGUUUUAUUUUGUUUCAUUCUGGGCCCACAAAAUUGUAAGCUGAGUUUGCACAAUUGCAUCUUGCUGCAUGUGAUUUCCUGACUGACUGCUAAUUUCCGGUCAGUUUCAUCCUGGGAACCAGAGGAAUGACAAGGCAGUUUUAUACUUGGGAUUGGUGCUUGACCAACGCUCCGCAGGAUCACACAAGCUUUUCAGCACCCGUGUUGAGCAACUGGAAGUCUGGGAGCCUUGCACAGUGGCCAGCUCGGUUAAUCCACCCAGACGGUGUGUCUGGACAAAGACGUCCCGAAAAGCUUUCCCCUGUCCUGUUGUUCCUCAAAAAAAAGGGGGGGAGGCCCUGCUGGUUUCUCUCCAUUGGGCAAUUCUGUCUGCGGGUAUCCGAUCUCAGAAUGUUUCAUUCAUCAGUGUUUGGAAACCUAGUAGAACUUUUCCCACUCCCUUGUUUUAACCUGCCUCGUUAAGAGUGACACAAUGGGGCAACCACAGAGAAUGUCUCAAUGGUUACAGCUAGGAGAUUCUUUGGGGGUGGGGAGCUGGACAUGGGCAGUGUUUUAACUGCUGGGUCUGAGAACUCUUUGGGAGUCCUGCUGUGCAACACAGGAACACAAAGGCAAGAGGAAAACUGAAUAGCAGACUCCAUCCAGCUAACUUUGGGUGCUUCUGAAUACCAGUUGCUGGAAACCACAGGACAGAGAGUGUUUUCGUGCUCUGGUCCUGCCUGCUGGUUUCCCACUGGAACAUCUGGGUGGCCCUUGUGGGAACAUGAUGCUAUACUAGAUAGCACUGGUCUCAUCCAGCAGGCUCCUCUUCUGCUAUUUUACUCAUAAGUAUGUUCCUUGGCAUUCAAUUGGUAUUUAUGGCCUGUGGUUUGGGAAUACAGUCAUACCUUGGUUCUCCAUUCUGGACUCCCGAAACUGUUUGAAAAGCAAGGUGCGGCUUCCGAUUGGCUGCAGGAGCUUCUGGCACUCAUUUUUUUUUUUUAACCAAUAAAUUUUUAUUGAUUUUCCAUUUUCAGCAACUUAUACAUUACAUAUUAGUCCAAACAAUACGUAGCUGUCUCCAGCUCGGACUUCCCCCCACCCCACCAACAGGUAUAUUAGUUCUCACUUCUCGCGUAUUUCAACUAUUCUUGAUAAUCAACAAUGAAGAAUUUAACUCAUUACCGCCAACGUUUUCAUUCCAUUAUAGUUCUUUCUUGCAUAUUCUACAAACUUACUCCAUUCUCUAUGGAAUUUCACGUCACCCUGAUCCCUUAUUCUAUAAGUUAGCUUAGCCAUUUCCAUCAAGUCUAAUAGCUUCGUUUGCCAUUCCGUAAUCUGGGGUACCUCUUCUAACUUCCAUUUUUGGGCGAUUAGUAGCCUCGCGGCCACUGUGGCAUACAAGAAAAAUCGCUGGUCAGUUUUUUUAAUUUCGUUAUCUAACAGCUCCAAUAAAAAGGCUUCAGGUUUUUUCUUGAAGGUGUACCUAAGUAUCUUUUUGAGUUCAUUAUAAACCGCUUCCCAAAAGUUUUUUAUCUUAGGACACCCCCACCACAUAUGAAAAAAUUCUCCGUUAGCUGUUUUACAUUUCCAACGAGCCUUAUUAUGCAGUCUGUACAUUUUGGCUAAUUUGACCGGGGUUAAGUACCAGCGAUAGGUCAUCUUCAUAACGUUUUCCUUUAAGGCUGUACAGGCAGUAAAUUUUAAAUUUUCCUGCCACAGUUUUUCCCAUGCCUCCAUUUCUAUAUUAUGCCCAAUAUCAAUUGCCCAUUUUAUCAUUGAAUCCUUCACUGCCUCGUCCAUUGUGUGCCAAUCUAGCAGUAGGUUAUACAUUUUAGACAACGUUUUUUGGUUGCUUCCCAAAAGUUCAAUUUGAAAUUUAGAUUUCUUUUCUUCAAAGCCCAAAUUCUUCCUGUCCUUCAUAAACAAAUCAUUGAUUUGGUGAUAUUGUAUCCAUCCUGCCAGCCUGUCCUUUAUUUGUUCAUAUGUCUUCAAUUUGAAUCCUUCUUUGGAUUUAGUCACUAUUUCCUCAUAUGUUAACCCCUUUUUAUCCAUGUUAAUUUUCUGAAUUGCCAACACAUUAGCUUCUGGCACUCAAGUGGAAGCCACGGCAGAUGUUCGGCUUCCAAAAAGCGUUCAAAAACUGGACCACUUACUUCCAGGUUUUCGGCAUUUGGGAGCCGAUUUGUUCGACAACAAAGCCGUUUGAGAACCAAGGUAUGACUGUAUCCAUUUCCAAGUGUUUCUCUGUGAUGGGGAUGAAGGAACCUGAGGACCCUGCAGGUGUUUCUAGACCUCAACUCCCAUCAUCCCUCUCUGCUGGUCGUGCUGUGAGGGCCUGAUUGGAGUUGAAGUCCCAACAGCCUCUGGAAGGCCACCAGUUUCCUCCAUCCCCGCUCUAGGAAGUCAUCUCACUAGUGUCACUACUGUAUUAGGUUUAAAUGUUACUAACCAGAAACAAUAGAUGGUGAUCCUCCAACUACCACUGAACUACAACUCCCAUCAGCCCCUAGCCCAGGCAUCCCUAAACUACGGCCCUCCAGAUGUUUUGGCCUACAGCUCCCAUGAUCCCUAGCUAACAGGACCAGUGGUCAGGGAUGAUGGGAAUUGUAGUCCAAAACAUCUGGAGGGCUGAAGUUUGGGGGUGCCUGCCCUAGCCCAAUGACCAUGCUUGCCAGGGCUAAUGGGAGCUAUAGUUCAGCAUAGCUGUCAAGUUUUCCUUUUUCUCGCGAGGAAGCCUAUUCAGCAUAAGGGAAUUUCCCUUAAAAAAAGGGAGAACUUGACAGCUAUGAGUUCAGCAGUGUCUGAAGAGCUAAAGGUUCCCCACAUCUGCAAUAGACAAAUAUUGGGAAUAAGCUCUUAUUGGUAUCACACUGCAUUUAUUCCUUGCAUUGGUGUACCUGCAAACUACAAAUUUUAUCACUUGAUGAAACGUCAGCAAUUUUAAAGAUGUUUUAAAAUGUAUUUAGGUUGUUGUUGUUUUUAAAGGAUUCUGGGAGUUAAGGGGGAGAAUAGAUAAAAUUCACAAAUCUUUAUUACAGUAAAAUUUAUCAUAUUUAGAAAACAUCCAAUAAUGAACUUAGUAGGGCAAAUCUUAUGAAGUCUUCUUCAACAUGUGCCAAAUAGAUUUCAGAACAAAAGGUCUGCAAAGGCCUAAGAUAGCAUCAGGGAAACUAAAUUACUUUUAGGAUCCACCUUAUUUUUAUGAUUGCAAGUUGUUUAAAUAUGUUUUUUUUAGUUGUGUUUUAAUAUUGUAACCCUCCCUGGGACCUUAGGGUGAAGGUUGGGGAGGAAAUGAAUAAAGAAAUGUGAUUUAGCUCUUUUUAAAAAUGUUAGUGUGUCUUGGAUAAAUAAUGACAAGCUGAUACCAGUAGGCUUUGAUUCAAAUUUAACCUCAAGACUUUGCAAGUUAAUGCUGACAUUUGGUCAGGCUGAAGUUUGCAUUAUCAUAAUGAGGGCUUAUUGAGAAUUGACAGUUUUCUUCAAGAUUGAUGUUUUCAAUUGAAGUUUUGAAGUGUUUUGUCCUCUAAAGUUUUGUAUGCAAGAACCAAAACCUAUUAGUCUCAAGGUUGGGUUUUGUUUGCUUAUUUGUUUAUCCUGGACUGGUAGGUGUUUUUUUUUUUUUUAGUUUUUAGGUAUUUGCCAUUUUCUUUGUUUUACAUGACACCAUUGAUGGAAGACGUUUGUGGUGGGAAAGUAUUUGGCAUAUUCGAAACGUAUACCACAAAGGAUUUAUUACUGGAGUGUUUAUGGUUUUAUUGUAACAAAGACAUCUGUAUUUUUAUCAUAUUUCCUCCCCCUGUGAUUUGCAUUGCCAAUUUGUUUUAUAGCAACCGUUUUGUACCUCAGUUGUUCUGUGCUCUUAAGCUCUGUGCACCUUCAAGUAGAACCAUUCUCCGUUCUGAGGAGUUUUGCCAAGGAAGCCUUCGGUGUCUGUGCAAACCCUAUGCAGAAAUUAUCACAUAUAACCGUUACCCAGAAGCAAAGUCAUUACAGGGCUGGCAAAGUGCUCUGCGAUAGGGUCCCUACCAUGCCCACCCUGUGUAGCAUCAUGGGAAAUUAAAAUGGCUGCCUACCCAUCUGGUUUCUCAGGGAAGACAUUAGUGCGGACAGAUGCUGAUGGAGCCCUGAUAGCUGCUCCAGGGUACCAGCUGGUGCAAAUGGCAGCCUGUAGUUGAACGACAGAAAGCUGGAAGGGUUUGCUGCUUUCAUGUCGGUGUCUAUAAAGGCUCUUAAAUCUGUCAGCUGGGAGAAUCCUGAAACAAUGGUGGUAGAAAUCCCGAAGGAAUCCUGAUUGCUGCUUUCCAUGCAAUUUAUUGCUUUUGGUGGGAGGUUUGUAUUCAGUGAAGUUCCUGCUCAGAGUAGGCCCAUUGAAAUUAAUCAACCUAAGUUAGGUAUGUCCAUUAACUUCAGUGGUUCUGCUUUCUGCCACCCAAUGUUUGAUUCCCCACUGCAAUCUGCUGUAUCCCAAAAUGGCAAAUAAGGUGAGGACACAUUUCUAAGUUGGAAGCUAAGCGACAGCAAACUUGUGUUUCAGGUCACAUGUCCUCACCACGAAUUGUAAUGGAUCCCAAACAACAGAGCGAGGUAGACUUCUUUUAUGCUUGGGAGAUCGUACGUUUAAAACCUCUCUCUUAUGUAGUGAAGUGUAGCUUCGGACAAGUGUAGUCUCUCUUUAACAAAUCUACCUCAGAACGAUAACACUGAAGAGAGAACUCGCCCUGAGCCAUCACUAUGAAUAAUAAUGCAUAUAAGCCGCUACGGGGCUAGUUCGAGUGGCCAAUUCUUAUUUGCUUGUUUUCAAAAACCUCCUGGAGGCAACUAAGCAGAUUUUGGCCAACUCUUUUUGUUCUUCCCCUUACCGCUGUGAGAAAGCUGUGCUCAGGGAAUCUCCUUGGGAGAGUGGGCUGCAAAAAUUGCUUUGUUAUAUGAAUUGUUGGUGCUGGGAGCUAGAGAUUAGGGUUGUUAUACGAAGCCAAGAGUUGCUGCAAUUAACUUCUGGACCAUGAACCCAAAUGGAUGUGAGUUGUGUGCAUCAAAAGUAUAUGCAGCCAGGGUUUUUGAAGGGAAGUAGCCAGUGCUUCCUUGAAUGUUGCUUACUUUUCUAAGGAAUCUCCUUCAGCCUUAAGACUUAUCAAGUGUUUGCAUCAGGUGCCAAUAACAGCAGUACUCUCCCUUCCUGUUAAACCCUUUUCUCUGCUCAGCACAGCGUAGCAUCUGGUAUGUUAAUAAAGGCAAAACACAAUUAA